AUGACGAUGUACACAUCACGAUUGAUUGUUAUUCCUAACUAUGGUAAUCUUUUUCGAUCCAAUUCAUCAUCAAAUUCAUCCUAUAGUUUUCAACAUGAAAGAUUUCGUUCAACACUUAUUGUUUUACCGAAUACAAAUCGAAAACGAUUUAUACAAGGUAUUGAAGUUCGUUGUGGAAGUUAUAUGAAUGAUCCACGACAUUUACAUACUCAUCAUUUCAAAUCAUUAUCACCCGUUGGUACAACAAGUGAUUUAAUGAGUGCAGAUGAAUCAAUUUGUGAACUUUAUCCAAUAAUAAAAACUCCAGUUAUUGGUGAAUCAUAUUUUGAUGUUCGACAUCGUCUUCUAGCAAAAUCAAAUUUAUUUAAUCAUACUAUUAAAGAUGAUACAGAUGUUGAUGAUAAUGAUAGUUUUUGUUAUUCAUCAUCUAUGGAACAGUCUUAUCAUCAUGGAAACUAUCAGAAGAAACACUGGCACUGA